GAACAUCGCUUCUAAGCCAUUGUGUUGCGGUAGUUACUUGACAACGUGUUAACCCCCAUCUCUCCACUCUCCUUCGCCUUAUAAUCGGCUUCAUUUUGUUCUCUGUCUCGUCCCUUACCCUUCCGGACACGUUCAGAGUAUUGACACAAGCUCAUAAAAUGAGCACCGCAGGCAGAGGCAGCCCCCAUGUUGCCGUCCUGGCGUUCCCGUUCUCGACCCACGCGGCUCCCCUCCUUGCUGUGAUCCGCCGCCUGGCCACCGCCACCCCGGACACACUCUACUCCUUCUUCAGCACUGCCGAUUCCAUAGCCUCCAUCUUCUCGGCUUCCAACGACUUGCCCAACGUGAGAGCCUACGACGUGGGAGACGGAGUGCCGGAGGGUUAUGUGCGGGUGGGGAAGCCACAGGAGGACAUCGAGUUGUUCCUGAGGGCGGCCCCAGCCAACUUCAGGAAGGGGAUGGAGGAGGCGGUGGCCAAGACAGGGAGGAGGGUGAGCUGCUUGGUCACCGACGCCUUCUUCUGGUUCUGCGCGGAUAUGGCAGCGGAGAUGGAGUUGCCGUGGGUGGCCUUCUGGACUGCUGGCCCUGCCUCUCUCUCUGCCCAUCUCUACACCGAGCAUCUCAGGCAAACUCUCGGCGUCUGCCGAGGAAUUGACGGGCGAGAAGAUGAGACCCUGCAAUUCAUCCCAGGAAUGUCGAAAGUACGGAUCAGGGACUUGCCAGAAGGAGUCGUGUUCGGGAACUUGGACUCACUCUUCUCCCGCAUGCUUUGCGACAUGGGGAGAGCCUUGCCGAGAGCAGCUGCGGUGUUCUUGAACAGCUUCGAGGAGUUGGACCCAACCAUAACCGCUGAUCUCAAGUCCAAGCUCAACAACUUCCUCAACGUGGGUCCCUUCAACCUCAUAGCCACUCCACCUCGUGCUUCCGACGAAAGCAGGUGCAUGUCGUGGCUGGACGGACAAGGAAGGGCCUCCGUUGCCUACAUUAGCUUUGGGUCAGUGACGGUGCCUCCUCGGGAAGAGAUUGUGGAACUAGCAGACGCCUUGGAAGCGAGCCAAGUACCCUUCAUAUGGUCUCUCAAGGACCAUUCAAGAGAGAAUCUGCCAGAAGGGUUUCUAAAGAGGAUCGAGACAAGAGGGAUGAUGGUGGCAUGGGCACCACAGGAGGAGGUACUGAGGCACGAUGCAGUGGGCGCAUUCAUAACGCACUGUGGUUGGAACUCGCUACUAGAGAGCAUAGGGGGUGGAGGAGUGGCCAUGAUUUGUAGGCCGUUCUUCGGGGACCAGAGGUUGAAUGGGCGGAUGAUGGAGGAGGUGUGGGGGCUCGGAGUCGGCGUUGAGGGGGGUGUAUUCACCAAGAAGGCCGUGAUGAAUUGCUUGCAGCUUCUUCUAUCCCAAGAAAGAGGGGAAAUUGUGAGGGACAACAUGAGAGCCCUCCGACGACAAGCUGAGAAGGCGGUAGGACCAGACGGGUCCUCCACUCGCAACUUCAAGCUCCUUUUAGAGCUCCUAUCCAUCCCCUAACAUGUUUCCGGCCCAACCUAUAUUGCAACCACAGCAACUCAAUGUGAAAUUUCCUUUGUUUCCGCCA